AUGUCGUUUAUUUCUUCAUUCAAUUUUAGCUCGUUCACGGCCUCCAAGACGCAGGACUAUGUUUCGCUGAUCCAGUUCUACAAGUCGUUUGGGUUGUCUGUGAUCAAGACGUUCAGCAAGGAUGCCAACUCGUCUGGAUCAGAGCUUGUGGGCAUUUCCAGCGACUCUCGUCGGGAGUGCUGGCUGAGUUCGUUUCCAUUGACACGGGCCGUGGGCCACGGCGUUUCUGGUGCCUUCAACAAGGGGGCCAUGAUCAAGUUGCGUCUUGUUAGCCACGAUGUUCACCGCAACAUCGAGGUUCCGGGCGAGAUCGUGUUCUUUACGGUGGACCCGGCCAAGAUCCGGGCGAUCUGCGAACAAAACAACUACACCAUCGAGCAGGGCGACUCCAAAGUGGAGUUCUUUGUGGUUGAUCCGUUGGGGAACAGAAUCGGGUUCACCCAAUACCCAUCUGCCGUUGCCAAGGAGAAAGUGUCCACGGUGGAGGAUCUUGUUGCUGAGAAUCCAGCGGCUGUUUCCCCCGUUGCCAAGCAAAACACCGACAAAAAACGGAUAGCUGUCAUGACCUCUGGCGGAGACUCGCCCGGUAUGUGUGCUGUCGUGCGGGCUGUUGUUCGUGCGGGCAUCUACUACGACUGCGAAGUGUACGGGUGUUACGAGGGUUACUCGGGACUGGUCCAAGGCGGGUCGUUGUUGAAGAAGCUCGACUGGGAAGACGUUCGUGGCUGGCUGUCUCUAGGAGGUACUCUUAUUGGAACGGCCCGGUGCAUGGAGUUCAAAGAGAGAUGGGGCCGGCUCAAGGCUGCCAAGAACAUGAUUGUGGAGGGAAUUGACGCCUUGGUCGUUUGUGGAGGAGAUGGCUCCUUGACAGGAGCAGAUCUUUUCCGGAGCGAGUGGCCGUCUUUGCUGGAGGAGCUGGUUGCUACGGGGGAGAUUUCUACCGAGCAGCGGGCCAAGUACCAAUACCUGACGAUUGUGGGACUGGUGGGGUCGAUUGACAACGACAUGGCUCUGACAGACUCGACCAUCGGCGCAUACUCCUCGUUGGAGCGGAUCUGCGAGAUGGUGGACUACAUUGAUUCUACUGCGGCCUCGCACUCGCGGGCGUUUGUGGUGGAGGUGAUGGGCCGGCACUGCGGAUGGUUGGCGUUGAUGGCGGGCAUUUCGUGCGGAGCGGACCAUAUUUUCAUUCCUGAACGGCCGCACAAGGCCGGCUCAUGGCGUGACGAGCUCAAGAGAGUUUGUUCGCGGCACAGAGAAAAAGGCCGUCGGAAAACCACGGUGAUUGUUGCCGAGGGGGCCUUGGACGACGAGCUGAACCCCAUCACGUCGAACCAAGUCAAGGACUGUCUGGUGGAGAUCGGGCUGGACACGAGAAUCACGACGCUGGGCCAUGUCCAGCGUGGAGGCACGGCCGUGGCGUUCGACAGAAUGCUUGCCACGUUGCAGGGCGUGGACGCAGUGCGGGCUGUUCUGGAAAACACGCCAGAGACGCCGUCGCCGAUGAUUGGCAUUCUGGACGGCAAGAUUGUGCGCAAGCCGCUGAUGGAGGCGGUGAAGCUGACCAAGAGCGUGUCGUCGUCGAUUGCGGCCAAGAAGUUCGACGAGGCCAUGGCCCAGCGUGACUCCACGUUCAAGGAGAGUUACGCAAACUUUUUGGACAUCUCGGAACACGACGACGGGUCGCAGGUCCUGGACGCUUCGAAACGGCUCAACAUCGCCAUCAUCCACGUCGGAGCCCCAACAGCAGCGCUGAACCCGGCCACCAGGGCCGCUGCUCUGUACUGUCUGUCGAGAGGCCACACUCCGUACGGGGUCCAGAACGGAUGGUCUGGGCUGGUGCGCCACGGAGCGCUCAAGAAGCUCGACUGGAUGGACGUUGAAGAGUGGCACAACAUUGGAGGGUCAGAGCUCGGGACCAACAGAACACUGCCAUCCACCGACAUGGGCACCGUGGCAUACUACUUGCAAAAGUACGAGAUCCAAGGACUGAUCAUCAUUGGUGGUUUUGAAGCAUUCCGGUCGCUGUACGAGCUCAACAGGGCAAAGAAAGAGUACCCGAUUUUCCACAUGCCGAUGGUUUGUUUACCAGCCACGGUUUCCAACAAUGUUCCCGGAACGGAAUAUUCUCUCGGGUCGGACACUUGUUUGAACACGCUUGUGAAUUACUGCGAUGCAGUGAAGCAGAGUGCGUCAGCCACCCGUCGUCGUGUUUUUGUUGUUGAGGUGCAAGGAGGAAACUCGGGCUACAUUGCGUCGUAUACGGGGCUUGUGACCGGGGCACUUGCAGUGUACACUCCGGAAAAGAAAAUCUCGCUGCGAUCGCUGCAGGAGGAUUUGGAGCUGCUAGAGAAGAAUUUCGAGAAAGACCAGGGCAACAACAGGUCGGGAAAAAUGUUUAUUCGCAACGAAAAGGCCUCUGACACGUACACGACGGACCUGAUUGCGGAGAUCAUCAAGGAGAGCGGACAUGGCAAGUUUGAAAGCCGGACCGCGAUCCCGGGACACGUUCAGCAGGGAAAAGUUCCGUCUGCGAUGGAUCGGUGUCAUGCAGCCCGGUUUGCAAUAAAGGCGUGCCAAUACAUUGAGGAACGCAACUUCUCUGCUCAGGUCGCCAUUGAGACGUUCUGGAAGGAAGGGUUUGGCUCGAACUUGACCUCGAAGGGCCAUUCGGAGGCGGACCUAAAAUUUGUCUACAAGCACGGCAAAAAAUACGUUAUUCUGCAAGAUAAUGCCAAGGUGAUAGGGAUCCACGGUUCUAACGUGAUUUUCGAGGACAUUGACCGGCUAUGGGAACACGACACGGACCUGGACCAACGGAAGGGCAAGCAGGUUCACUGGAGCACGAUGAUAGAGGUGAACGACCUGCUUAGUGGACGAAGCGUUCUUAGAGAUACUCGCCGAUUAUAG